AUGAAUGGGAAAGUGGAUCUGAUAGAGGAUGAAUGCAAACCUUCAGCCUGCGUAGAUGUGACAAUAAUCACAGAGUACUGGCCGAUCCUCUCCUUCUUGUUUGCCAUUCAGGAGAUCAACCAGAAUCCCAGGCUCUUACCCAACAUCACCCUGGGCUACAGCAUCUAUGAGAACUUUUUUGAUGCAAGGGUGACGUACAACGCUUUGCUACACCUGCUGUCUACUGGGGAGGGGAAUGUUCCAAACUACAACUGUGGAAGAUGGAAUAACCUACUGGCUAUUCUCGAAGGGGCUGACUCCCAAAACUCCAUCCAGAUUUCAAGCUUGUUGGGUAUCUAUAAAAUCCCACAGGUCAGUUAUGCUUUUGUCUCUCCUGUUCUGAGCGAUAAGACCCAGUUCCCUUUUUUCUACCGGACGGUCCCCAACGAAGAAUUCCAGUACCCAGGGAUUGUCAAGCUGCUCCUGCACUUCGGAUGGACGUUCAUUGGUCUCCUUGCUAUGGACACUGAGAAUGGAGAGAGGUUCAUGAAGACCUUGACACCUCUGCUCCUCAGGAGUGGCAUUUGUGUUGCCAUCUCAGAAAGCUUCACACGACUGAAUACAAAUCAAUUAUGGCACAAUCCUCUUCCAUUUCAAAAGUGGGAACAAGUUCAUAUAUUUGUUUACUAUGUAGAUAUUAAUUAUGUUUCAGUGGGAAUGUUCAUUCUAGAAGAAACAUUUAUACAGAUCAUAAAACCCAUUGAGGGGAAAGUCUUGAUCACAACAGCUAUGUGGGACAUCUCCUUCGACUUAAUAUUCAAUUACUCAGCUUUCCAACACAUACGUGGUAUUUUUUCCUUCUUUAUUGAAAUGAAUAAAAUGACAAAAUAUGAUGAUUUUCUGCCCGUCUUCUCUGCAAUCAAGCAGUUUGGGGAGAAAGCUUUUAAUUGUUCCUAUAUAAAGCAUGCAUUGUCAGUGAAAGACUGGACAAGAUGCAGAGAGAGAGAGAAUCUGGAGAUGCUGCCCCAAGAUGAUCUACAAAAAGUCCUCUCUGUAGACAGCUACAGAAUCUACAACACUGCCCAAGCCGUGGCUCGUGCUUUAGAUGUUGCGUAUUUAUCUAGAUCUAAGCAGAGAGUGAUGGACAGGCUGCAAGGUCAAAGGUUACAGCCAUGGGAGCUUCACUGUUUCCUGGGAAACUCCCAGUUUUACAAUUCUUCCAUUGACAGUGUGUAUUUGGAUGAGGAUGGGGAACUGGCAGGCAACUUGUAUGUUGGGAACUGGGUGCUGUUUCCCAAUAAGUCUGUCCACAGGGUGACGUUUGGGAAUUUACGCAAAAAUGGACCCCUAGGCCUACAGCUCACCAUCGACCAGGAGGCCAUUGUGUGGCCCAAAUGGCUCAACCAGCCCCUGCCUCCUUCCAGGUGUGUGGAAAGCUGCCGCCCCGGAUUCGUCAAGGUGGUUCAGGAAGGAAAGCCACUUUGCUGCUAUGACUGCAUUCCCUGCGCGGAAGGGACCAUCUCCACUCAGGAAGAUGCAGAAUAUUGUACCAGGUGUCCAGAAGACCAGCAUCCAAACAAGGACCGAGAUCAGUGUAUCCCCAAGACAAUCAGCUUCCUGGCCUAUGAAGAAUAUUUGGGGGUCCUUUUGACUUCCUUUGCCCUCUUCUUGUCCUUAACCACAGGCAUUGUGUUAGGAAUCUUCAGUCAAUUCCUAGAAACUCCAAUUGUCAAAGCCAACAACCGGGACCUCUCCUACAUCCUCCUCGUCUCCCUCCUGCUCUCCUUUUUGUCCUCCUUCCUGUUCAUUGGUCAGCCAGGGAAAGCAACCUGCCUUGUGCGACAAAUAGCCUUCAGCAUCAUAUUCACAGUUGCCGUCUCUUCUAUCUUGGCAAAAACCAUCACAGUGGUGCUGGCGUUCCUGGCCACAAAACCGGGGAACAGGUUGAAGACAUGGCUGGGGAAGAGUCUGGCUAUCUCCAUUAUCUUUUCCUGUUCCUCUAUCCAAGUUGUCAUCUGUACCACCUGGCUGGGGCUCUCUCCCCCAUUCCCAGAAUCUGACAUGUACUCUCAGCCUGGAGAGAUUAUUCUGCAAUGCAAUGAGGGGUCUGUUGCCAUGUUUUAUGGUGCCCUCGGCUACAUGGGCUUCCUGGCUGCCAUCUGCUUCACGGUGGCUUUCCUAGCCAGGAAGCUGCCUGGGGCCUUCAAUGAAGCCAAGCUGAUCACCUUCAGCAUGCUGGUCUUCUGCAGUGUUUGGGUCUCCUUUGUGCCCACCUAUCUGAGCACAAAGGGGAAAUACAUGGUAGCCGUGCAGGUCUUCUCUAUCUUGACCUCCAGUGCUGGUCUUCUGGGCUGCAUCUUCAUUCCCAAGUGCUACAUUAUUGUCAUGAGACCUGAUCUGAAUACAAGAGAGCAUUUAACAGCAAAAGCAAAAGCAGAAAUCUAA